AUGAUGGCGUUCGUGGCCCCUACCAGCUCCGCCAGCGCCGCCGCGCGCCCAAUGGCCGAGCCGGCCGCAGCCGCCGCCAGGCUCGGCGCCGCAGCGGAGUCGGCCGGCCUGGGCCCGGACCAGAAGCCCGCGCAACCGGCGGUCGCGGGCGGCCUCCUCGCCUUGGGCGCCUGCGGCGUGGCGGCCCGCCGGCGUGGCGCGCGCCGCGCGGGCGGCGUGCGCGGCGUGGUGUCGUGCAAGGCCGCCAGCGACCAGACGCUCCGUGCCCUUGCGCCCGUGGGCACACCCGCGUCUUCGCCGCCAGCAAGCGACCAGACGUUCUGUGCCCUUGCACCGGACAUCGACGCGAGCUGCGCCACCAUUGCCAACGCCCACGUGGAGCGGGCAGGCCCGGCCCUGACCCUGGGCACGCGCGGCUCGCCGCUCGCCCUCGCGCAGGCGUACGAGGCGAAGAGGCGGCUCGGGGAGAAGUUCCCCGAGCUUGCGCCAGAUGGGGCGGUGGAGAUCAGGAUCAUUUCGACGACAGGCGACCAGCGAUUGGAGAUUUCUCUGUCAGAAAUUGGCGGCAAGGGCCUCUUCACCCGGGAGCUCGACGUCGCGCUGGCGUCCAAGGAGGUGGACUUCUGCGUGCACUCCACGAAGGACGUGCCGACGGAUUUGAUCCCCAACACGGAGCUGUGCACGAUGCUGCCGCGGGAGGACACGCGCGACUGCUUCAUCAGCGGCAACCCCGACUUCACCAGGAUCGCCGACCUCCCGGACGGCUCGGUUAUCGGCACGGCGUCGCUGAGGCGCCAAGCGCAAAUCUACAGCGUGAACCCAACGCUUAAGUGCGUGAACUUCCGCGGCAACGUGCAGACCCGGCUGCGCAAGCUGAAGGGCGGCGACGUCGACGCCACUUUGCUCGCGUACGCAGGCCUCAAGCGGAUGGACAUGACGCAGCACGCGACCAGCGUGCUGGAGUGGGGGGAGAUGCUGCCCGCCAUCUCCCAGGGCGCCAUCAGCUUCCAGGGGCCGCGGCCGCCGCCGGGGCCGCCUCCGCUUCACUUGCUGCCCGCGGGGGCAGCCGAGCUAUCGGAUCAGGUGGCCUACUGGAGCAGGUGCGAGCUCGGUACGCCCGAGCGUGCCGCGGCCGCGACAGGCGCCGCAGCGAAGGCCGAGCCCGGCGCCGGCGCCCGCGCUCAGGCACAGCCCGCGGUCAGCAGCGAUGACAUCGCCUGUGAUAGGGGCGGCGCUGUGGGUGGCCAUGGUGAGGUGCGUGCUGUACGUGCUGCCGAGGCCUUCCGCCAGUCGCUGGCGGGCGAGUGGUCCACAGAGUCGCUGGAGCGGGCCGUCGACGCGGCAAUCGUCAAUGCAAGGCGCGGGAGCGCGAUGCGGCCAGCCGUGCCCGCGCCGCUGCGUCAGAGAAUAUCGCUGGUCCACGCUGUCGCAGCCGCAGCCGCAGCUUGCGGCGCCAAUGAGCCGCCGCUGGCGGAGGCGGUCUGCGACGCCGCCUUCCUCGCGCGCGAGCGGACGGCAGGGCAGCCCGCGGUGCUCCCGGCGACGGGCAGCCUGGACGAUGCAGUUGGGCCCGCACUCGUGGCACCAGCCGCAGCCGCCGCCGUGGCCCCCGCAGCCCCCGGGCGGCCGCUGGCGCUCCCUGGGAUGGCGCCCCCCCUGGGCCCUCUGGCCCUGGGCGCCCCCGGCGCGGCCGCCGCCCCGCAGGCCCUGCUCGGAGCAGCCCCAGCCGCGUUGCCUGGCGCUGGGCCGCCGGUGACGGCGGUGGCGGCCCCGCUGGCCGCCGUGGCGCAUGGAGCCGCCGCCCCGGCCGCCCUCCCCGCGGCCAUGGCUGCUGGCGCCCCUGCAGCUGGGGCCCUGCUGGCUGCAGGGCUGGGCAUGGUUGUAGCGGCACCCUACGUGAUGAUGGUCACGGUUGAGACGACGACGUACGGCCCUCGCGGGACUCCAGCGGCGCCGAACUACGCGGAUGUCAUGCUUGGCGACAUCAGCAUCCACACGGUUCCUGGCUUCGGUGACGUGCUGGGUCGUACGGUCCGCUCCGACCAGGUGGAGGAUCUCACGGGCCUCGGGGCAUCGGGCGACGCCCGCCUCCUCAGCGUGAUCGCGGUGAAGGGUCAGCGCUCCCGCCGAGCAUGGCAUGACGUGGCCAGCUCGCUAUCCGAGAUCGCCUUCCCCGACUGGGCGAUAGAGGGCCCCCACACCUCCCUGUCGUGCUGCCGCCGGAUCGACCGUCUGGGCGGGGGCCCUCUCGACCACCACCGCUUCUUCGUGAUGGUCCUCCACCUCCACCAGGACAGCUGGGGCGCCCCGAUGCACGAGCCCGGGAUGAAGGCCCUCGAGACCCUCGGCGCCUACGACUCGAUCUACCUGCCGUACGUCGCGGGGGUCGAGUCGCUGCUACGCGAGGUGCAGCUGGUCGCGUAUGCGUAUGCGAAGCACGACGGGUUUGUCGGGGCCAACACCGAGGUGGUCGACGGCGAUCUGUAUGCCACGAUGAAGGGCCGUGGCCAUGGCCGCGGACGAGGAGGCGCCGCUGACGCCUUCGGCUACCUGGGUGAGCACACGACCUUCCGGGGGCAGCGUGAGACGGCAGACGCCCUGGUGCGUCCCGCCCUGGUCGAGUGGGUUGGCAAGCAAAUCGAGCUCGAUGCCAACACCUUAAAGCAGCCCCCGAUGGACCUCGCCUCAGCAGGGGCCUUACGAGAGCUCCGCGUCAACCCGGGCUACUCCGUGACGAGCAGCCCCGUGGUUCUCAUCAGCGAGGUAUUACAUACAGAGUACGUUGACAACUUCGUUGCCCUUGGCCUAUCGAAGGACCCCACGUAUGCCGUGACUGACUCCGUCGACCGCAGUCUCCGUGACGCUGGGUUUCGCACUCGCGGUCCGACGGUGUCAGCUGGAGGGGGUGUUCUCGGUUGGACGUUCGACCAGGGCGCCCCGACGAUCGGGAUCAGUCACCGCAUAGGCUGGCGGAUACGACUAGGGUGUCUGGCUGUCGCGGACAUGAAGUACGCCUCGGGGGAUCUUGUCAGGGUCGUCGUGUCGCACUUCACGUCUCGGGCUCUGCUGCGCCGUGAAUUACUCUCAUGUCUACAGGCUUCGUAUUCUUUCAUCGAGUCGUCUGGCCACCACACGCGUGUUCUCUGGAGCUCAGUCAAACGUGAGCUUCGUUGGUGUGCCGCGCUGAUCACACUCGCUUUCCGCGACGCCAAUGCUGCCUGGUCCCCCAUGGUCUACUGCGCCGACGCGUCCUGGUGGGGCGCGGGGGUCGUCAGGGGCAUCCGCAGCGUCCAGGAGGUCCAGCACGUGGGCCAUUAUACGGAGCGUUUGCGCUACUCAGCGGCCCACGAGGCCAUCCUCAAGCCCCGGGACUCGGCUCUGAAAUGUUCGGUCAGCGGCGGUGUCACCGCUCCCCCCCAGGACUCCGAGGUCCCGAAGGCCCCCUUCCCCGAGGUCCCAGAGUCGGUUUACGGCGGCGACUGGUCCCUCGUUAUGUCCCAGAAGUGGUCCCACAAGGAGGCCCAGGUUGUCUUGGAGGCUCGGUCGCUCGUGCUCACCGUGAAGAACAUCGUUCGGAACACCCAGAAUUUCGGUUGCAAGCACCUGGUCGGGCAGAAGCUUUCCGAUUCAAUGCAGCGCCGAAUCCAGUUGCAGCGCUCGGGCCCGCGGGGCUCGAGGUUCUCCGCAAUGGCUUCCUCGGCGACAGCCGUGACGGCGGGCCCGCAGCUGGCGCCGCGCCCCCUGGGCGCCCACGCCGGGGGCCUGCCCCGCGCGGAGGUGGCGCCCGACCUCCCGGCGCCCUCCUCGCGACGCCCACACCGCGAGUGGGUGCCCCACGGCCCCGGCGCUCAAGGGGCGAGGGCCGCCCAGCGGGCGAGGGCCUUCCCUGCUGCAGCAGAGGCCCCAUCUCCGCCAGGCGCCCCGAUCUUCCUCGAGUUGCAGAGCGUCUCGCCGAAGGCCGCCCAGGACUACCAGACGUACGUGACGGCGUUCUACCAGUGGGGCCAGGAGCGUCACCUGCGCAGCGACAUCGCGACCUCGCUGAGGUCGGCGCCGGCGAUCGACCUAGCCCUCGCGACGUACAUGCACGAGAAGGUUUUCGCAGGCGAGCUCUCCUACGUGCCGACGAUGCUGAUCGCAGGGUUCCGCUACCUCUGGACAUGCCCCAACGGAGCGCCCCUCGAGCUGCCCCGCAGCUUUCGCGCCUUGACGGGCUGGAACCGCAUGGUGCCCGCCCAGAGCCGCCUGCCGUAUCCCUGGGUCGCCUUAUGCCCGUGCGUGCAGCACGUGAUUGCCGCGGGCCAGGUGAUGGAGGCGUUGACCAGCAUCAUCACCUUCAUGUGCUACCUGCGCCCCAGCGAGUGCCUGCGUCUGCAGGGAAAGCUGAUCGCAGCUCCUGCCCAGGCGCCGCGCCGUGUGCAGGACGGCCAGGGCCAGAUGUGGCCCCUCCUCCUGCACCCGCAGGAGGGCAACGACACGCCCAAGACGGGCCGCGUGGACGAAAGCCUGCUAGCGGACAGCCCCAUGUUCCCGUGGUUGCCGCAGGUGCUGGGCCUCCUGAAGGCCAAGUUCCCGCACUCGCUGGUCUUCACCUUCGGCCAGGCGCAGUGGGCCCGCUACGGGCGGGGCGGGCGCAUCAACGAGCAGCUGAGUCUCUUGUCUCAAAACAAUUUCAUCGCCGCCGACCUGGCGGCCUCGAGCAUUGGUGCCGCCAGGCGCCUUCACACUGGAGCGCCCUUCGCUUGCAAGGGACUGCCGCCAGGAGCGGGCCCCACCGAGGGUGCCCCACCAGUCGUCCAAGUGGAUUACGCGAGCCUCAUGAGGCUCGAGCCCAGCGCGCUCGAGCGCGUCCGCGAGGCGUUCGUCGGCCCCAAGGCAUACGGCGCCAUUGCCGUGGUCAACAUCCCUGGCUACGGCGACAAGCUCAAGAAGGCCUUCCGCGCCGGCAUCGACCUCGCCCUGACAGACGCCGCUGGGCGCGAGAGGGCCGCUGCUGUGAGCAACACGUACCCUGGCUGGAGCGGUGUACCCGGCGAGGAGACACACCCGUUGCAGAGCAGCUUCCUCUACAAUGUGAAGGAGGAGGUCAACGGCAGGAUCGACCCCUACUUUGGAAAGAACAUCUUCCCCAGCAAGGAGUUCCAGAGCAGCUUCGUGGACCUCGCGGGGCCCAUGCACGGAGCGGCGCUGCAGGUCCUCAAGGGCUGCGACGCAGUCGUGGAGAGCAUCAUGAAGGAGGAGUGCUCGAAGUGGUCCUCUGCUGGGCGCAGCCUCCACCGCCUGGGCGACGAGGGCCCCGUACUGGCCGGCCGAUUCAUCUGCUACGACUCGGGCUUCACGCGCGAGGACACGCUCCUUAACCAGCGCGAGGCCGCCGAGGAGAGCUCCGCCGCUGCCACGACCCCAGCACACGACGCGAAGCCCGUCGGGCACGCGGGCGACGGGCUGGCCUCGAUGCGGACGCACGCGACGCCCGUGAAGUCGGCGGGGCACGCGGGCGACGGGCUGGCCUCGAUGCGGACGCACGCGACGCCCGUGAAGUCGGCGGGGCACGCGGGCGACGGGCUGUCGGCGGGGCACGCGGGCGACGGGCUGGCCUCGAUGCGGACGCACGCGACGCCCGUGAAGUCGGCGGGGCACGCGGGCGACGGGCUGGCCUCGAUGCGGACGCACGCGACGCCCGUGAAGUCGGCGGGGCACGCGGGCGACGGGCUGGCCUCGAUGCGGACGCACGCGACGCCCGUGAAGUCGGCGGGGCACGCGGGCGACGGGCUGGCCUCGAUGCGGACGCACGCGACGCCCGUGAAGUCGGCGGGGCACGCGGGCGACGGGCUGGCCUCGAUGCGGACGCACGCGACGCCCGUGAAGUCGGCGGGGCACGCGGGCGACGGGCUGGCCACCGCACGAGCGUCCUCUGUGACGGCGAGGCCGGUGGGGACGGGGGACCAGCUGGCGCUGGGGCGGCCGCUGCCUGGGUCCAUCGUGCCCGCUCGAGCGACGAACGAGGCGAGGGCGCUAUCCACAGACACAGGUCCGUCCAACACGGGCUCCCAGGAGCAGUUCGCUCUCCUCAGCGCUGCUCAGACUGACGCGGCCGCGGCCGCCGAGGAGGACGUGGGCGAGUACUGGCUCCCCUGGCACAUCGACUCGAACUUCGUAACCGUCCUGCACAGGGAGACGUACGCCCAUGAGCACGACGCCUCCUUCGCCCCCGACCCGGAAGGCGCGGGCCUCCUGAUGAUGAACGAGGCGGGCGACGUAGCGAGGUGCGAGCCGGACCGGGACGCGCUGCUCCUGCAGAUGGGGGCCUUCGGGCAGAUCUACUCUGGCGGCGUGCUCGCGGCAUGCCGGCACGCGGUGGUCAGCCCUCGCCCCCCGGGCAUCGCCCGGUUCAACUAUUGCAACUUCUGGUACGCGCGCUGGAACACCGUGUGCGACACGCCGGCGGGCUUCGAGCACAGGGCCGUCAACAGGGGCUGGAACGCCAUGAUGGACGACAGCUACCUGGACAUCACCAUGAAGCAGGGCUUCGCGUCCUUCCGGAAGUUCAUGGUGUCUCCCGAGGCCAAGGCGCAGUUCGCAGACACCGUCCGAUUUAAGGAGCUGUCCGAGCUCUUGCCCAUGCCCGCGCGUUUGGUUCCCGCGCAGGCUGUGGCACCACAGGUGGAGCGACGUUCCGAGCUGGUCAUCGAUGUGCUCACAGACGUGCGCUGCCCGUUCUCUGCGCUGAGCCAGCGCAACCUGGACCGCGCGCUGCAGAGUCUCGGGCUCCACGAUCGCGUUGUCUUCCGCUACCACCCAGUCUUCCUGAACCCCAACGUGCCGAAGGAGGGCGAGAGCCUCGACGACUACCUGCUCCGCGAGUACGGAUACUCCAAGGAGUACGCGCACUCGGAGGAUUACCCGAUCCGGCUGGCCGGCCUCGAGGCCGGCAUCAGGUUCAAUCCGCACCGCCGCGUGGUCAACACGUUCGACGCAUUCUGCCUCAUCGAGGUCGCGUCGGCGGUGGGCAGGCAGGACGAGGUGGCGAAGGUCCUGUCGCAGCGGUACUUCGAGGAGGCUGAGGACAUCUCCGAUCCUUCCGUGCUGCGCUCCGCCGCGGAGCAGGCAGGACUGAGCGGGGAGAUGGCGGCGGCGUGGAUGAAGGAGGACAGCCUCCGGCAGCGCGUGCAAAACCGGUACGAGGAGCUCUCCGAGAAGGUUGGCGAGGUGCCGCAUUUCCUGCUGCGCGAGCGAUCCUCGGGCAGCGGCGUCGAGGUGGGCGGAAACAGGUCUGUCGACGACUGGGAGCAGGUGCUCGAGAAGGUGCUCGAGAAGAGUCGCUUUAUGGGCAUGGCGGUGCCAGGGCCCCACGGCGCGGAGGUGUGGCUGGCCGAGGCCAACCCGCGGAGCCCCGUCAGCCUGGCCUUCCCGGCGCAGCACGGCUGGGCUCCCACCGACUGGCCGUUCAGCCCUGCCGACUUCUCAAGGAUGGAUGAGUCGCCCGACAUGGACAUGUACGCGAAGCCCCGUUUCGUGCAGCACCUGGACGACGCCUCCCUGGACAGGCUGACCGAGGUCUACCGGAGCGCCUUCCGGUCCGCCCCGCGCGGCUUCGCGGCCUUGGACCUGUGCUCCUCGUGGACGUCGCACUACCCGCAGGAGCUGCUGGAGGACGCCCGCGUGGCGGUGCACGGCCUGAACGAGGCGGAGCUCGCGAAGAAUAAGCAGGCCACCGAGCGGCAUGUUCAGGACUUGAACGCCGACGCGAGGCUUCCAUGGGAGGACGACACCUUUGACUUUGUGACGCUGGCGUUGAGUGUUCAGUAUCUCACGGACCCUCGCGCUGUCUUCGGCGAGGUUCACCGCGUCAUGAAGCCAGGAGGGAUGGCCCUCGUGGCCUUCUCGCACCGCUGUUUCCUCGAGAAGUGCGUGCGGGCUUGGGCCGAGGAGACCUACGACGGAGAGGGGCACGCGCACAUCGUUGGCAGGUAUUUCCAGCAUGGGCCAAAGGGUGGCUGGGAGGACUUGAGCAGCGCGGACGCGAGCCCUCAGCACGGAGAUCCAAUCUGGCUUGUCACGGCUACAAAAGUACGCACGGGAGCCACCUCGGCGCCAUCGGAGGUGAGUUCCGUGCACGGGAGCCACCUCGGCGCCAUCGGAGGUGCGGCUGAGCGCGUGCUCGACUACCUGAGGCCGCUGUCGCACGAGCAGACGUUCCAGUCCGUCACUUGCGAGCGGGCCUUCCUUGCCGCCUUGGACGGCAACUGCAAGACGCCGAUCGCGGGGCAGGCCCGCGUCGAGGGCGGGCAGCUGCUCUUCGAGGGGCUGGUCGCAUCCCCGGACGGCAAGAAGAUCUUCCGGGUGGAGCGGACAGGAUCUCCGUCCGACGCCGCCGAGAUAGGCCACGAUGCGGGCAUGGAGGUCCGCAAGGAGGCAGGGGAGAAAUUCUUCCAGGACAUGCAGGACUACGUGCAGGAGGUGCAGGCGGCCAAUUCGAAGCCGACCAAGGUGAAGGCCUGA